AUGUUCGGACUCAUCAUCUCCGGUCGGCCAGUCGACGCAACACCACAAGCAAUCACAGAAGCCCAAUAUGCCUUUCGGAUCCCACCGGCGCCUGCAUUUAGCCACAUCGUCGUCUUUAUGCUACCAGGGACCCAGCUGCCACCAGGAACCGCCGCAACAGUCUUCGUUCAGAUCCCGCCAUCUCAAGAAUUCAAGCUACUCGGGGGCAUUGGACCCGGAAAGGAGAGCGCGAUAUUCAAAGUCAAUGGGUUGAAGUCCGGGGGACCUAGCAACGACGUUAUGAUCGAUGAUGCCUCCAACGGAGCUGUACCUGGAGACAUCGUCGUCGGUGUUUCGAUCGAGCCGGAGCAGCAAGUUGCAGCUCAGCUGGCGACUUUGCAGAGCGGAGGAAUGGCCAACAACAGUCAGCAAAUGUCUUCAGCGCUAGUCCGGACGGAUUCUGCUUCUGGCGGUAGAGCAUCGACCAAAGUUCUUGCGCAGAGGAUUAUUGGAAAUGCCUUCAACUUUCUGGCCUCGUUCGGAAGUGAUACUGUGCCGCUGAAGGCUUUCCAGGACUGGUGGACGAAAUUUGAAAAGAAGGUCGAGCUAGAUCCAUCAUUCCUGGACCGAGCAGACUGA